UACAUACUGCUUACUACCAGCGCGAGUUUUGGUUGGCUUCUACUUUACAAAGAGAGUUACAAGCAUACAAAAAAGAAAUUCAAACAAAUCAAAUUUACAUAUUUAAUUGGAAAAAAUGGCUCAGUAUGUUGCACAUGAUUUAAGUAAGGUACCACGAACCAAAGAUGUAAAGAUACAAGAAGAUGUUAUGUUUCUUCAAAUGGGUCUUCCAGAAAAUAUUUUGGAUGGAUUAACAGUUGCUGGAUUUCAACGACCAUCUCCCAUUCAGUUAAAAGCCAUUCCAUUAGGCCGUUGUGGAUUCGAUCUGAUAAUACAUGCAAAAUCAGGAACUGGAAAAACUAUAGUAUUUGGCAUAAUAGCUCUUGAAGUAUUAAAUAUUGAAAUAUUAUCUCCACAAGUUUUAAUAAUAACACCUACUAGAGAGAUUUCUAUUCAAAUAUCUCAAGUUCUUCAAACAAUAGGUUCAAGAAUAAAAGGAUUAAAGAUUGAGUAUUUUGUGGGGGGAAUAUCGAUAGAAGAAGAUAAGAAAAAGCUACAAUGCCAUAUAGCUGUUGGUGCUCCUGGCAGAAUUAAGCACUUAAUUGAAAAGAAAUUUCUUACAGUUUCAACAAUGAAAUUAUUUGUUCUUGAUGAAGUAGACAAAUUAAUGGAGUUCAAUUUUCAAACAGAUAUCAAUUACAUAUUUUCUAAACUACCACGCAGUAAGCAAGUUAUAGCCUCGAGUGCUACUUAUCCUAAAGAUUUAGAAACUUUUCUACAAACAUACAUGUUUUCUCCAAUAAUAACAUCGCCAGACCUUCAUGCACCAAUUUUGAUUGGAGUCAAACAAUUUGUGACUGUGAUUCCUGCACAUCCCAAUACUAUGAAGCAGGUAAAAAUAAAAGUUAAUGAAUUAGUGAAAAUUCUUACAAAGAUUCCAUUUAAACAAAGUCUAGUUUUUAUGAAUUAUCAAUCAAGGGCUCAAUCAGUAAGCAAUACAAUUAAUUCUAUGGGCUUCUCAUCUUUAUAUAUUACUGGAAGUCAAGACAUGACUAAUAGAUUGGAGACAAUUGAAAAGUUAAGAAAUUGUGAAUGUAGAAUUGUAGUAUCUACAGAUCUAACUGCAAGGGGUAUAGAUGUAGAAAAUAUUAAUAUGGUUAUAAAUUUUGAUGUAUCUACAAAUCCGGCGACAUAUUUACAUAGAAUUGGAAGAGCUGGUCGCUAUGGAUCUCGUGGAAUUUCUAUCACCAUUAUUUCUGAAAGUGAACUUCCAUCAUUUAAAAAAUUAUUAACUUCAGUUGGUGGACCAAACUUUUAUUUGUUCAAACUCAAUUCUAAUUAUGCAGAAGAUGUUUGGGCCGACGAUAUUACAGUAUUUGAAAAAGUUUACUCAAAGUCUGACAAUGAAACGAGCAACAUAAAUACUGAUCAAACAUUUCUAAAAUUUGAACAUGGUACGCCUAUAUCAUUAUUUUCAGCAAUCAAUGAUACAUCAUCAACAGAAAGUGACACUAUAAAUAUUUCUAGUCUGAAACAUGAAAAUUGUGAAAGCAUCUCAUCCAUGGGUACAGUAGUCAAUAAUAAAUUAUCAUCAGAAAGUAAUAUUGUAAAUACUGCUAUUGCAAAAUAUGACAAAUGUGAAAAUAUCCCAUUGAAGUGUGACAUAACACUCAAUGAUAUACCAUCAUCAGAGAAUAAUAUUGCAAAUCCUAUUACAAUAAAAUUACAUGAAAAAUCUAAUACCCAUAUUUCACAAAAAAACAUAAAACAUGAUACUGUAUCUAAUAAUUUACCUAUAGAGCCAAAAAAAAUGAAUUUAAAUGAGAAAAUAAAAAUUAGUUCAUUAUUACAAUAUCAUGUUCAAGAAAAAAUCAAUCUUCAACAAUCUAAAAAACAUGAAGAGUCAACUACAAAAUCUAAUGGAGUUAAAAUUCCUGAAGAGAAAACUGAUCACGAAGAUCAAAAUUUAUCAGACUCUUAUGAAUCUGUAGUCUCAGCUGGAUCAGAUAACAUACAUAAAUUUAAAAUAACUCUUGAUUCAGAUAAUCCUUCCUUCAUGGAAAAACUAAAUGAAGAUGUCGUGUUUGAAGUAGAUUUAUCAAAUAUAAAGGAUUAUAAAAAUACACAAGGAAGUAUUGAUAUUGAAAAUAUCAUCCAAUAUAUGAAGGCUCUACCAAAUAAUGAACAAGAAAAAAAUGAAACAGAAAAUGAUAAGAAAUUGAUAAUAAUGAAAAUGGAUGAUAAUAAAGAAACUUCUACAAAUGUUUAUCAGGAUACAUGCUCUAUGAAAGAUUCUACUUUAAUGCACAAUUCACAAUCGUACGAUGACGAUCGUACAUCAAGUGAAUUUGAUAAUAGUGAAGAUAAUGAAAUAUGGAAAAAAUUAAAUGAUUACUUAUUAAUAUGUGCUGAAGAAAUUAAUGACAAAGACAAUUGUAUAAAUAAUGAAGUAUCAUUUUUGAAAACAGCUUCCAAUUGGAAAGAAUUACUUGAUCUCGAAAUUAAUUUAUUAAAUUAUACAUACAAAAAUAUGACGGAUUCUGUCCAUAAGCUAAUAUAUGAAGAACAUUUUUCUGCUUUAAAAACUUUUCUUAAUAUACAAAAACGGGCUUUCUUAUGUGUUUUUCCGGAACUUCGUAAUGAUGAAGAAGUACAAGAUACUUAUAUUUAUUCGGGAUCUAAUUCAAAUAAUAAUUUGAUAGAUAUGUAUAAAGAAAUAGAAGACUUUAAAAGUCGUUUUUGUACAGUUACAACUGAAUUUAACGCGUAUUUUCCUUAUCCUAUAAAUAUUUAUGAACAUAUGCCAAAUUUAAUGAUGUCAAGUUCUGAAAUUGAAGAAUAUCGUAAGGCAUUACAGUAUUUUAGUACAUAUUGCAAUCCCAAUAAAAAAUUAUUAGAAAUAAUAGAUUAUAUAGCAUUUUUGAGUAACACUGAAAAAUACGAUUUGAUUACAAAAAUCAAAGAACAAAAUUUACCAUUUUCGGAGAUGAAAGCAUUUCUUAUUGAAGCAACAAAAAAAGAUUUAAAAAAUGAUAAAUUAACAGAACAUGUACAAGUGCUUGAAAAACAGAUUUCUUCAGAACAAAAUGGUGAAUUGACAGAGUGUCUGCAAGUGCCUCAGAAGUCAGUUUCUUUAGAAAAUGAGACUAAUAACACAAUUCAACCUCAGGAGAAUACUGAAACAGAAUCUUCAGAAAUAAAUAUAAUAAAGAAGAAUAAUUCAAAAAGAAGUUCAAAGAAGAUGCAAGAAGCUUAUUCUAAUGAAGUUAUAACUGUCAAUCAAAAUAAACAUGAAAUACAAGAUAAGAAACGUAAUAUUACUAAUACAAUUUUCAAUAAAAAUGAAGAAAUUACAAAUAAAGAAGAUUCAAAAAAUAGUAAGGAACUGUUGUUUCAACUAAAUAAAUCAAUGAAUGAAGAAGAUAAUCAAAGUGAAAUAUGCAGUACUGCAAGCAAGUCAUCAUCAUUUGUAUCAUUCAAUGAAGAUUUAUAUUCAAGCACUAAUAAAAUUAUAUUCAAUAAACAACAAGAAAUGGCAUCCAAUAGUAAUCAAAAAAUCAUGAACACUGCACAUGGCAAAGAAGUUAAAAACUUUCAAAAUAUACCUAUACAAACAAAUGGCGUCUAUUAUGACAGUAUAAACAACUCAUAUAGCAAACCUAGUAAACAUAUAAAAUUUUAUGAACAUGAUCCAAAGAAUAAUGUAGGAAAUUCAGUUGCUUUUACAAAAUAUUCAACUUCAAAUGCCACUAUGGACAUAAGAAAAUCUUCUCAACAUUUGUUAAAACCAACUAUGCAACGUUUUUCUCCACAAAUCUCAUAUCCUAAUUUAAACUGUAAUCUAAAUACAAAAAAGGAAACCUGUUUAUCAAAUCAAAUUGAUCACCUUUAUCAAAAGAGUGAACAUAUAUCUGCUGAUUUUCACCCUUCUCGCACACAAGAGAGGAAACCAAUACAGUCUAAUGUAUCAAAGUAUCGGAGACAGGAGGCCAAUAAUUAUCCUAAAAACUCGAAUAUUCAUAGACUAGAUGAUAAUUUAAUAAGCAAUGUAUAUUCUGAUGAAAGUGAUAUUGAGACCUUUCUAUCUUCAUUGCGAAUGCAAACAGAUCAGUUGCAUUUACAGAUUUAUAAGUCAGAAAUGUUCGAGAACUGGGUUUCAUAUGAUCAAUAAUCCCGCGCAGAAUUGAACUAAUUAAAAUAUAUUAUCUCUUCUCAUGGAUGUGUUUAUGAUCAAGUUGCGGCAGCAAA